AACUCACGAGAUAUCAAGAGAUUCAACAUUAGUGAUGGUGUUGUACGUGAGUAAAUAUUCAACAUAAGGUUGUAUUUUUCCGCAAGAGAUCCAGCACAUUUCCGGCAAAAUGAUGAUAUUUCUAGAAAUAAAUUGCACUUGAUCAGUAAGCUGUAACGAUGGCCUACAAGCCCAUAGAAAACCUGAAAGGCCAUGUCAAGAGCAGGCCCCCUGUUGUCAUCUUUAUCGGCUGCAUGUUCCUGUUUGCUCUAUCUGUCGUCAUUUUGGGCUACUAUUUCAAGAACAGUGAGGUCCCAAACUACGAUAUAUCCGAGGAUUGGAAUCACUUUCUUGGAGAUUUAUCAUCUAUAGACUUUUGCCUCACACUGAACACGUCGACUGUCACCUCGGCCAUUGCCACAGUGAAGUCCCACACCUUGGAAAACUCGUCACUUUCCCUGACGACGGACCCGUUCCCAAUCGUCGACUAUGACGAGGACUGGGCAAUGAAGAGAAAUCUGUCUGUGUCCAUCAUGCUUUUGAUUGAGCCGUCUGUCUACAUGGCCAAAACUGUUGCAAACGUCACCAUGAUGUCCAGUCUAGUUCCCGCCUCUAUGCUAGGCCAUGAAGGUCCGGACGAGAUGGUCAGUGUACAGUUUGAGUUACCCCAGACGCUGAAGCUACCCCAGAGUAAAGACUCUGCCACACGUCCCCUAGUAGUGCAGACAUGUCUCACGCUGAUUGGCUCACCGUCAGUGUUCCCCAUGACCAAACAACCAGCAUCGUGCAAUACCACCGACUCGCACCACGAGAACAGUACGGCCUGGAUGCGUGUCCGACCCAAACGCCACCCCCUGGAUAGCUGGUGUAAACAAGGGACAAUGGCUCAUGCUAAACAUAAGUUUGAUCCGCGUCUGACUGUUAUGCUGAGCUCAGCUGAACAGUCGAUCAUCAACCUGCACUUGAUGUACACCAGCUACUUUAUGUUUGUCAUGGUGAUUAUGUGGGUUUGCUAUGCACUAGUUAAAGGACCACCGACAAAGAUGAGAAAUUUGCAUAACACUGCAACCGAGAAAAAGUCGCAGCCAAGUGUUUGAGGAAUGGAGUUUUACAACUGCUAAAAUGGCUGUGUAUUGACCGACUUUCUGAUUGCGAGGGAAAGACUUGACUGAAAUUAAUGGCAAAUUGAAACUGCCUCAUCAUUUGUUUGUGUCAGCGCUACAUGGAUGUAUUUUAUUUUUUAAUCAACUGUGUCCUUAAAUUUGUGAGAAGUAUAUUGUUUUUCUUUACUGACAAAAAAAGGUGGGUUUUUUUUCGAACGCAUGUAAUUUUUUGCUGAGGUGCAUUCAACAAUGUGGAAUACCAUGGUACAUGUACUUGUAGUUUUGAGAGUGGUUCAUGUACUUGUAGUUUUGAGAGUGAUUGACAUGUACUAAAUGUUAGAUUUCACGAUCAUUCUUUCCAAUUCUAGAUAUGUAGUACUUGUCUUGUACAUGCACUUGCCACGUUGGAAAGGGUUGUGAAUUGUGGUCAUCAGACAUGUAUAGACCCUUUGCACACAGAAGCCAUCUUUGAGGUGAUUGAACAGUGAACGAAAAUCUGUCGCAUAUCCCUGUAGAACAAAAGCAACCAUUGCAAAGAUGGCUGCCAUGCAAAUGAUGUAUAUUAAAUGGCUGAAUCUGGAGUAGAAAGCUAUAUGCUAACUAGUACUUUGAUCCUGUCGUUUUAUACACAAUGCAUCAAUCAGUGUUCAUAUGAGCUGAUGCAGAGAAUCCAUGUACAUGUAAACGUUCCGAAUUGUAUUUGUUGCUUUGGUUUGUUUGUAAAUGUUCAAUGUAGAGUUAGUCCUAGGAACUGAUGCAGGUGACUCUCAGAGUUCAGAGUGUGAAUGCUUAGCGUUCAUCAUUGACAAAUGCUUUUCAGUAGUAAUAUGCCCAUGAAAUUACAUGUGCAUGUUAAGGCUGUCCUUAGAUGUCUUUACAACUGUCCCAAAACUGCUGUUGGGAAUGAGUGUGAAGAAAAUAAUUUAUAUGAAAUUAGUGUUUUAUUUAUGCCAGUGGGGUGAAUUGUUUAAUAUUACAUUCCACUUAUGUAUUAUUGAAAGAGACAUGAAGCACAGGUAAAAAAAAUGUACACUGGAUAUAAGCGAUUGUUAUAGCAAAGUUUUUUUAAUGUUUGUGUUUUUUGAGCUGAUAGAGUUGACUUCUAAUUCUCAGAAUGAACAAGCUAUGUCGUAAAAUAACGAAAGAUAAAAUAUAUGCUUAGACUUUUUUUGGUGAAUUUAAGAAGGCACAAUAUAACCACCAAUCAAAAGCUAACCCAUGGUUGCAGAAAAUGGGGUAUUGGAGUCAAAUGUCUAAUCAAUAUUUGUACAUGUUGAACCUCUGCGCCCGACUCCAGAUUACUUUGUACAUUAUAGAUGGUCUCUGCAAAGGAAGACAUCUUUGUCCUUGCCCGGUGUCCUGUACGUCUAGAUUCGUCGGGAUUCCAGUUUGACAACCGACUUUCCUAGAAACUGUAGGUACUGAUGUUUGCGGCUGUUAUAAAUACUAUACUAUAGUUUCACGUGGACAUCACAUUUGUGUGGAAGUCGUAAACUAAAGCUCGUGUCAUGGACGAGGUGCUUGUGAUGCUUUUAAAGAAGAAACGCCUCGAUCUAGAAGAAACGCUUUGAUCUGCAAUGUACAUCGAGGCUAGGUGUGCCGUGAAGAAAGGAAAUUGACGUGUUCAAGAAGAGCAUCUGCAUAUACCGUUCGAAAGUCGGUGAGAAGACCUUGAUGAUUUAACACACGGUUUCAUCCGAGUCGUCACUUAUUUUUUAGAAUGGAUUAGUUCCAGCUGUAACACCUUUGUGCCUAUAGCUUUUGAAUGAUUGAAAUUGCAUCUGUAUAUUUGUAUUAUUAUUCACUGUAAAUAGUCCAUUUGUGAUUUGCAACUAAAUUGCGGUUUAUUGUAACUGUUGUGGAAGUGUACAGUAAAAGCAAGUAGACCGAUAAUAGUUGCACUUAAAGAAAGUGUUUGUCUAUAUUAGAAACACAGUCGGUAACCAUGUGUCAUAUCGAGAUGAAACUAGAGUGUCGACGCUUUCUAGAACGUAAAGGCGCAUAAACAUGUAUUUGGACAUUUAACAUGUCAAGAGCGUAACUCGAGGAAUCCUAGACGAUUAUAUUGCAUUCUCACUGUGCUGAAAAACAAAUAUCAGAGUCACGUCUGUCAUCUCGGAUAUAGGGAGGUUAAAUGUUUGUACGCCUUCGUCUUUGAAGGUCAGGAACUUUGCAUGUUCAGCGGCAAUUCUCGACAUCCUGCUCCUUCAUUCAGGAAAAUCAAAGGGAAGUUUGCCGAGGGUAGUCGAUGGCAUGAAAAGGAGUUAAUUGUUGAUGUUGCCAAUCGCCUACAUUAUUACAUGGGACAUAUGCACCAAAUAAUAAGUUUGUUUUGUAGGGCUGUGAUAAUGACCAUCAGUCACUUUGACGAUGUGAACAGUGAUACAGCAAAGCAAAUUUAAUGUGUACAUAUCGUGCGUUAUUGUAAAUCUAUGGUGAUAUUAAAAAAAAAACCCAGAUGUUUUAUUGAAAUCCUGUAUUUUUUGACAAAUGGUUUUAGAUUGGAUUUUAGUCGAAUCCAAUAAUUACUCUUAUUUGUUUGGUUUUCCGCCGACGGAAGUAUGGCUAUAUAUAAUACGUAAUUUUUUUGUUCUCAAAGAGGAAGUGCAUUCCCAGUGUAAAGUAUAAUUAUUUGGAAUAAUACAGAGUUAUUUCUUACAAGUAUACACUGUAUGUACAUGUAAAUCACCCUCGAUCUCACAGUGUGUUGUAAAAGUGCAUGUAGGUCUACACAUAAUUAAGCAAAGAACAAGUUUAGGUCCUCGGGCACUGAAGUUCCUCUAGCAAUUUACCUGAUCAUGUCUAAUAACAUAAACUUCACAGUUAAAGUUAAACCCGUCUUAACUGGAUAUAAAAAAAUAUAUAUAUCUGGUGCUUGCUUCGGGGGAACCAUGUGUGUAUUUAAUCAGGGGGCAUUUGGAACAGACACAUUUUUGCACUACAUGUACAUGUAAAUUUAGUGCACUGAAGAAUGAAAACUUUCGGAUUUCAAUAAUGUUGGCCAAUUUGCAAAUAAAGUACGGCGUGUGCCGAUAUCAAAAAAAUUUUUAGGAGACUGAUGCGA